AUGGCCUCGUCGGAUCCUGAUGGCUUCAUCUCUGUCCCUCGCCGUGUGCCAAGUUUUCUGCGGCGCCCGACGGACGACCCCCUCCUCCACCCGCAGUACGACUUCAGGGCGAUGGACUACUACCUGGCUUCGCGCCAGGGCUUCGAGGACGCCUCGACGGUCCAGCAGCGCAACCUCGACUAUGUCGAGCAGCUCCCGAGGUUCGCCAUGUCACUUCUUCCGCCGGGCAUUAACUCGCAGAUCCAAUUGGAGAUGUACCUGGCGGACUUGUCGUUGACGCAGGCCUAUUACUUUCGUAUGCUCCCACGCGAUGCACCCGUAGACGACACCCGUCGGACGGACUGGUUGAGGGACGUUUUUGAUAUCGACUCGCCGGACCAGUGGGCCACACCGCUCGCUUGGGCCGAAAGGCUCUGGGCUUGGCUGGCCAGAACCGAAGGACAGUUUCAUCGUCCCCGUGUGACCGAGAACAGGAAGGACGGCGGCAUCCAGAUACUCGUCGAGCACGUGAUGAACGACCCGAUGCUCGAGUGUCUCCUCGACUUGGCAAACUUUCUGAGAUACAAGCAGCUCGCCGGACUGGACUCGACGAUCGCCCACCCCGUGGCCGUGCCGUGUGCUUAUCGCGGCCACAUGUUCGUUGCCACCGCGUCUCACACCCCGACGGACAGGUACUUUGCCCUCGACAUCGCACGUGAAACGGUGGACUUUCAGUGUAUCGGCCUCUUCCUCCAGCCGAUGGACGAGACUUAUGUUUGGGACCCCAUCACUGGGUAG